GCUUUUCCGCCUCUUUUAUUGUUCUUGGAUUGAUUUAAAGCUCUCCUUCAUUUCGAGAAUAUGAUAUCACGUUUACUGGGGCUGAUAUGGCUAUUUUCUCGCGUUUUUGCACAAGAUGAUGAUGCAUCUCCAACAGUCAUUGAAAUAAACUAUGGAUCAACAACGAAAUUGAUGAAAAUCGCAACGCCUACCGGUACUGCAACUAGUAUACCUACCAGGUCGUCUGCAAGUACAAAUAUAAAUACAACUACAACACCCUCGGCUUCAUCUACCCACAUCUAUCGAAUAGUAAUUCUAGUAGUAACAGCCGUCGUAUGCAUACCCUGCGGACUACUUUUGCGAAGAUAUAGACGACAAGGCUAUUUCUUUAGACCUCCAAAGAAACCAGAACGAAAACCAAAUGAUACACAUCUUGGGAUUGCAGAGUUGCCCCAAGGUAGAUAUCACGAGACGACGGAAUUGAUGGCGGAGGAUUUGCCGGGGGAAAUGGGAUUGGGUGGGCAUCAUGAGACGCUUGAGAUGGAGGGUUCUCUUUUACAGCCGAAGGAGAUGCCGGCGACGGGAUCGACGAGUAUGAAGUGGGGGACUACGAGCCCAGAGAUUCAAGGGUUUGAGAGGAAAAGAGGGAGUAUAGAGAUUUCGCCCUGUUGGACUUUUGUAUUUGUGUUGGGAAAGAGCGGGAUGAUAGUCUUGGGCUGGACGAUGAUGUGAAAUUGGCUUUGAGGGCGAACCCGAUGGCUCUUCGUAUGAUUGAAUGAAUGGAAAUACCCAGGACGGAAACACAGGUUUGUAACUAGGUGUGGCGUACGAGAGAAUCUUUGUAUAUAACGAACCAGCGACUUUCAUUAUUUCCAAGCGAAUUCAACCCAUCAGGAAAGUU